AUGAAAGCUAGAACUCGUCUAAGAAUUCGACAAGAAGGCUACAGGAGGAAACGGAGUUCACGGGGCAACAAACAUCGAUCUGCUCGUGAAGUUCCUCUCAAUGCUAUCAGGAAUUGGAAACGUGAUAGGAUCGACACGCAGGAUCCAUCAUAUUUUUCGGACGCAACAUUUGUGGAGCUAGCUGCGGCACUAGGGAAAGGCGAACUGCUGACUGGUAUGAAAAUGGGAGGUAGUUCGGUAUCUUUAACUUACAGUCGUUACAAUCCAGGAGUUGAAGCAACUGCUAAUGCUCCUGGAACGCCGUGCGACCCUGCAUUUCUAGAUGCCCUUGUCACAGACUGCUGCGUCUUGAUUUGGGAAUUCUGCAGCCUCUACAGACAUACAGACUUUAACUCAAUGCACGAUCUAUUACCUACCAAGUAUGCCGACAUUUUCCAUGAUCUUAACACCGUAUUUGGCCAAUGUCGAAGACUGAAAAAGUCGCCCGAACUCUUCUCAACUUUGGCACAAGAGCGUCAAUUCAUUGCAAAGAUGAGUCGUAUAGCAGAAAUUGUAGAUCAUCUGCGAGAGGUCAUCGUCUUAAAAAAUGACGGUAAACUCGCCCAAAACAAAAUGCGAGAGAAGGAGAAAGAACUUGCCAGAGAUCUACCGUUCUUUUAUCCGGGGCGGGCAGAUGGAAAGCACCCUUGGACCAGAUGGCUAGAGAAUUCUUCACCUGUGAUGCCCCCGGGUUGGGUUGGAAUUCAGCAGAAAAUUCCACAUAUUGGCGACAAUAUAAUUCGAAGAAUCACGACCAUGUAUGAACUUUACGAAAGGCAAUUUAGAGUUGAGAAACUGAUUGACAGCAAAGUGAACGACACCUUGGAUGAUUUUCCUGCCCCUGGAGAAGCAUUCGAGCACAUGAACUACUCGAGAUUCUCAACUCUGGCUGUGAACUACGUGCAGUAUAAGACUGGAGACAGGCCGGCGACUGACAAAAAUGGGAUGUUGAGGAUUGAGAAGUUAACAGAAGCUGUUCAACGAAGCUUUAGAUGGCAGGAAAAUCCAGUAAUAACCGGGAAUGCAAAUGUACCCUACCAUCGAUUUAUGAUGGGCUACAAGAUAGAAGUACUAAAUGAGGAAGUUUCUUAG